AUGCCUCUGAUAUUUCAACUCACUCUCUGGACCGACCAGUGGAAGCUUCCGCAUGAACGACCCUGCCGCCGGUCAUCCGUUCGAUCAAGAUGUGCGUGGAGGCCAUGGGGAUGUCAGGUCGCAGCCUUUGAGGAAGCAUCUGAGGCGACGGAGGUGAAGGUCACGAAGCGGGCGAAGACUGGUGCGAACGCGCAUUAG